AUGGCGCUCCCUCAUGUCAUCCUGCUGGCGGGAGUCCUGGUAGAAGUCGCUGGCACAUCCACAGAAAGUAUGGUCCAGCAGCCCGAAUGUUGUGUGGAGGUGGCAGAUGUCAACGCAACCUGCCCAGGGACAGGGCUGUGUGGUCCAGGUUGCUACCGGCACAGGGCCGAGGACGGGAGUGUCAGCUGCCUCCAGUGCCACAACACCACUUUCCCUGCCACCGCCACCAAUGGCUCCGAGUGCAGAAGCCCCUCCAGCCAAGGUAGACCUUCCCCUGUAAACAGGAGCACAGGGCCCCCUGGGCCACCAGGCUCUGGGGGCCCCCAGGUGGUUGCCUCGCUCUUUCUGGGGACACUCUUCAUCAGCUCCGGCCUCAUCCUCUCUGUGGCCAUGUUCUUCUACCUCAAGCGCACCAGUAAGCUCCCUGACAUCUGCUACAGAAGGAACAAAGCCCCAGCCCUGCAGCCCAGCGAAACCGCUGCCAUGAUCCUCCCGCCACAGUCCUCAGUGCGGAAGCCACGUUACGUGAGGCGUGAACGGCCCUCUGACAGGCCCUCGGAGGCCACAGUCAUCUCAUCAGUGGAAGCCCGAGUCAGCAGCGUCUGA